AUGGCAGAGACAAGCACAAAUGGGAGUGCAGGAUCUUCUCUUAUCAAUGAUAUUGAUCUAGCUUUUGAAUCAAUUGGUGUUUCCUCUUUAGAGCAAAGAACAAUAAAUCCUGAAACAUUUUUAUAUACUGAAAUAGCCAAGUCACAUUUAGGUGAAAGAGCUGCAAUUAUUAUAGGUGUAUUGAUUGCCAAAGGUAGAUUAAAUAUAAAUGAGUUGAAUGAAAAUGUUAGAGAAAUGGAUAGGAAAAGUAUUAAAACUACAUUAGUAUGUUUAAUUCAAUUAAGAUGUAUAAAAUAUUACACAGAAACCACGUAUUCUGGUAAAAGUAUUACGCAUUACUAUUUCAACGAAGAUGGUAUAUUAUUAUGGUUGUAUUCAGGAUUGAUCUUAGAGGAAAUUAAUUCACGUUUCCAAUCUUCAAUUGCAGCUCAAAUCAUUCAGAAUAUCUUAUCUAUUGGCUCGAUUACCGUUAAUCAAUAUGUUUCAAACAUCAAAUCAAAUGAAGAAAAAGAUGAGGUAUACUCAGCUUUCGUUAAAUUGUGUGAAAAUGGUUAUAUAGUCCCAAUAAAGGAAAUUCAUCUUUCUCCAAUUGGUGACAUUUGGAAUAGAUUAUACCAAAAGGAAUAUAAUGCUAUACCAAGAACUUCAACUCUUUCUGAUUUGAAGAAAAGAACAGAAGCUAAAAAUAAGGCAAAAGUGACAUUUUUCAACUAUUUUAACGAAGUCAAUGAUGUUUCAAAAGUUAUUACUAUUGAUCCAUUGACUUCUUUGAGAAUGGUGAGAAAUGAUGUGUCUUUGACUUUCAAUCUAGAGAGAUUUUUAAAAUCAAGAAGAUCAAAGCAUUUGACUCAAUUCUCUAAAAUGAGAGUGGGCUCUAUUUCCUCACAAGUUUAUAAAGUUGCAUUACAAGUCACAGAACAAAAAUCAAACCCGUUAACCAAUCCAUUAUCAAAAACCGGUUUACUUCAGGAUUUAGAUGAAGCAAAUGGUAUUGCCGAAGAUGAUAAAUUUACAGAAGAAAAUGCUAAAGGUAUUACUUUCAAUGCUAUAGAUAUUGCAAAGUACUUGCCAGCUAGUCUAGAUCUUCGUGGAUCUCUGGCCUCAAGAGUAAAAUCCUCAAAAAGACCCAUGAAUUCUACCCCAGAGGCUCCACCAAAGAAAUUAAAAACAGAAGAUGGUUUCGUUAUUCCUCCACCUCCCCAAAAACAUGCAUCAGAGGAUCAGAAUGAGACAGAUGAUAAUGUACAUGAUAAUGAGGAUAAUAUGGAUUUUGACUACGAAGACACUGAUCCACAUUCUAUUAGUUUGAUCAAUGGUCAUUUGAAAUUAUUAGCAACAUCAAAAAUACCGUUCUUAAGGGAAUCAAAACCAGGUGUAUAUCAUGUUCCAUAUUCAGAAUUAAUGCCUGCAUUACGCUCAAGUAUAUAUGAUUAUAUUAUAGUCUCUACCUUAGGCCCUUCAGCAAUGCGUGUUCGUCGUUGUAUUGUUGAAAAUAAGUUGGUGUCUGAAAAGGUUAUUAAUUCUACUGCAUUGAUGAAAGAAAAAGAUAUUCGUUCUACUAUUUCAUCCUUAAUUCAAUAUAAUGUUGUCGAAAUACAAGAAGUGCCAAGAACUACAGAUAGAGCAGCUUCAAGGGCCGUGUUUCUCUUCAGAUCAAAGGAAAGACAUUCAUACGAUUUCAUGAAACAGAACUUAUCAUGGAAUAUAGCAAAUUUGUUAUACAAGAAUGAUCGCUUGAAAGAAGAAAAUUUCACUCUAUUGACAAAGGCAAAUAGAGAUGAUGUCAAGGGUAGAGAAAGUGAAUUAUUGUUACCAAGUGAACUUAAUCAAUUGAAAAUGGUAAAUGAGCGUGAAUUAAACGUUUUCAGUCGUGUUUCCAGACUACUAGCAUUAUGGGAAGUAUUUAAAUAUUAUUAG